AAUCUCAGCGUUAGGCACCUCGCUCUGAUAACCGGAACAGGCAGGAGGCGGUGUCUAUCAGAGCCCAACAUUAAACAUAUCUGACGUCUAUGGCUCCAUCAGCAUCGCUUCUCAAUGACCAAAAAAGCGCUUUGCGUUUCACAGCUUCUAAAUGCGGUCAGGUUUAUUAGCUAUAAUAUAUUUCCCCGCGUCGUUUUACCUCUAGGACAGACACUGUGCUGUGUGUUUCUGUUUUUUUGGAGGGGGGGCGAGUCGAAGUUUGUAUUUAUUAUUUUCCUCCGAGAAGCGGAGCGCGUUUGACCGAGACUGAGAGCAGACUGACCAGCCGCUGUCCAGCCGUGACCGCUCGGGGAUUCUCAUGAGUGUCCCUCCGGUGAUCCGGGCGCCCAGCCCCGUCCCGGGCUCCCAGGGCGUUUCCUUCCACAUCCAGAUCGGGCUGAGCCGGGAGCCGGUGCUGCUGGACUCGGGGGACUUCAGUCUAGCGCAGGUCCGAGAAAUGGCGUGCUCCAUCGUGGACCAGAAGUUUCCAGAGUGUGGCUUCUAUGGGAUGUAUGACAAGAUCCUGCUUUUCCGUCACGAUCCGACGUCCGACAACAUCCUGCAGCUGGUGAAAUGUGCUUCAGACAUCAUGGAAGGAGAUCUGGUGGAGGUCGUGCUCUCUGCUUCUGCGACAGUGGAGGACUUUCAGAUCAGACCUCACUCCCUGUUUGUCCACUCGUACCGCGCCCCUGCUUUCUGUGACCACUGUGGAGAGAUGCUGUGGGGUCUGGUGAGGCAGGGACUCAAGUGUGAAGGCUGUGGGCUGAACUACCAUAAACGGUGUGCCUUUAAGAUCCCAAACAACUGCAGUGGUGUUCGGAAACGCAGGCUGUCUAAUGUGUCCCUCACUGGCCUGACCCACACCCGCUCUGUGUCUGCUGAACCUUCACCCAGCACCUCUGAUGAGGCCUUACUGUCUCCUGUCAGUCCAAGCAUGGAUAAGAGCCAGGCGGACGUAUUCCCUGGAAGAGGACGUUCCAACUCGCAAUCCUACAUCGGGCGUCCCAUCGAGCUCGACAAGAUCCUGCUGUCUAAAGUCAAGGUGCCGCACACAUUCGUCAUCCACUCCUACACACGCCCCACUGUCUGCCAACACUGCAAGAAGCUCCUCAAGGGCCUGUUCCGCCAGGGCCUGCAGUGCAAAGAUUGCAAAUUCAACUGCCACAAACGAUGUGCACCCAAAGUGCCAAACAACUGCCUUGGCGAGGUGUCGAGAAACGGAGAUCUUUUGAGUCCUGGUGCUGAGUCAGACAUAGUGAUGGAGGAAGGCUGUGAUGAUCAUGAUGGAGAGAGGAACAGUCCCCUCAUAGAUGAGAUGGAGGAGUCACUAGUGUCUGAUCAUGCAGGACUGCUGGAUGCAGGACAUGGUGAACUGGUGGACUUUCAUGAUCCAGAUCCUGAUGAGUCCAACAGAAUCAUCAGCCCAUGCACCAGCAACAACAUCCCCCUCAUGCGAGUGGUCCAGUCAGUCAAGCACACCAAGAGAAAAAGCAGCAACGUCAUGAAGGAGGGCUGGCUGGUGCACUUCACCAGCAAGGACACACUGCGCAAGAGACAUUAUUGGCGACUGGACAGCAAGUGCAUUACUUUGUUCCAGAAUGAUACUGGAAGCAAAUACUAUAAGGAAAUUCCCCUAUCUGAAAUUCUUUCUUUGGAGCCGGCUAAGACCUUCAAUCUGCUCCCUGAAGGUGCUAACCCACACUGCUUUGAGAUAGCUACGACCUCGCUGGUGUACUACGUAGGAGAGAACCUGUCUCGACUGGACGACUGCUCAUCAGGCCACGGCAGCAGCAUGCUGGUCAGCGGAACAGGACAAGACGUGGCCAGCAUGUGGGAGAUGGCCAUCCAGCAUGCCCUCAUGCCAGUCAUUUCAAAGGGCAUGGCGCACAGCGGCCGACACAGCCAUCACAAGGACGUCUCCAUCAGCAUCUCCGUAUCCAACUGCCAGAUUCAGGAGAAUGUGGAUAUCAGCUCAGUGUACCAGAUAUUCCCGGAUGAAGUUCUUGGAUCUGGACAAUUUGGCAUCGUCUACGGGGGUAAGCACAGAAAAACAGGUCGAGAUGUAGCAAUCAAGAUUAUAGACAAGCUACGCUUCCCCACCAAACAGGAGAGCCAGCUGCGCAACGAGGUCGCAAUCCUUCAGAACCUUCACCACCCCGGGGUCGUGAACCUGGAGUGCAUGUUCGAGACUCCGGAGCGCGUGUUUGUUGUCAUGGAGAAGCUCCAUGGCGACAUGCUGGAGAUGAUACUGUCUAGUGAGAAGGGGAGGCUGCCAGAGCGCAUCACCAAGUUCCUCGUCACGCAGAUCCUUGUUGCACUUCGCCAUCUUCACUUCAAAAACAUCGUGCACUGUGACCUCAAACCUGAGAACGUCUUGCUCGCGUCGGCCGACUCCUUCCCUCAAGUGAAGCUGUGCGAUUUCGGCUUCGCCCGGAUCAUCGGGGAGAAAUCGUUCAGGCGCUCGGUGGUGGGCACCCCCGCCUACCUGGCCCCCGAGGUGCUGCGAAACAAGGGCUACAACCGCUCCCUGGACAUGUGGUCCGUGGGAGUCAUCAUCUACGUCAGCCUCAGCGGGACCUUCCCCUUCAACGAGGACGAGGACAUCCACGACCAGAUCCAGAACGCUGCCUUUAUGUACCCGCCCAACCCGUGGAAGAAGGUGACCCCAGAAGCAAUUGACCUCAUUAAUAACCUGCUGCAAGUCAAAAUGAGGAAGCGCUACAGCGUGGACAAGUCCCUCAGCCAUCCCUGGCUACAGGACUUCCAGAUGUGGCUGGACCUGCGUAAUCUGGAGUGUAAGAUGCAGGAGCGAUACAUCACUCACGAAAGUGACGACAUGCGCUGGGAGCAUUUCGCCGAGCAGAACGGCCUGCAGUACCCCGCCCACCUCGUCAACCCUCACGCCGACGUCAGCGAGGAGGCGGAGUCUGACGAGGCCAUCCUGUGCACGCUCAGCGAUCGAGUCAGUGUGCUGUAAAUUGCUGCCUGUCCCUUUAAGAAGCACAACACCAGGAAAGCCAACUAUCUGCACGCUCCCAAAGCAGCACUUGAGUCAAAAUAUGAAGCCAGGACUACACAUAAUUGUACGUACACACAAUUACACACAAUUUACACUGCCAUUAUAAACAGCACUGCUUUACUGAACUUACUGAACACUCGGUGCCUAAAGAGCAUAACCUAACUAAACAUCGCCAUUCACAACCAUUUCAGUGCAUCCCAUUUCCUCAAACCCACGAUUUUGUUCACACUGAACAAGACAUACUGAACAAACAAAAAAAAGCACAUUACACUCAGAUACUACUUACUAACUAAGAGUUUUAAUAUAUGUAUAUUCAGGGAACAAAAGAAGAGAAAUUUUGUGUUGUAUGUGUAUUUUUACAUUGACUCUAAAUACAUUGGCUCUACACAGUAUACAGUGAUACAGUAGCAGCAGCAGUAUUAUUAUUGUUAUUAUUAUUUUACUCGUAGGAUUUUACGACAGAUUUUGUGCAACAUAAAAGACAAAAGCCAAUUAAACUGAACCUGCGGUUCAAAUUAGUCAGAGAUCAGCACAGUGCUGUGGAUGAUCUGUGAACGAUGCCUUAGAGUAGAGGGAGCAGUUAUAACGGAUGUGUAGAAAAGAAGAAGGUCCUUGCAGCUUUUGUGGCAUUGUGUGAUUCCAAGGUUCAUAUGAGGACAUUUUUGUGUGUGUGUGUGUGUGUGUGUGUGUGUGUGUGUAUGUUUGUAUGUGUAUGUCAGUGUGUGUGUGUGUGUGUGUGUGUGUGAGUGUGUGUUUUGGGGAGGUAGGGGGUUCUGUGCAAAUCAACCAGCCUGAAAACUAACACUGCCUGCAGAGAUGUUUUUUUUUUGCUUUCUGUUGCUUUCUUCAGAAUCAGUUGGAAUAAAAUAAUAAAAUAAAAUAAAAAAAUCAAAGACAA